AUGAAUAUUAGAAGUUCUAGCCAGAAUCCACGUUGCGCCAUGGAAAGACAUCAGGCAGCUCUCCGAGAAGGACUUGAGUCAGAAGAAAGUGAUGCUAGGCAAUUAGCCCAUGGCAGUUCCAGGAGUGGACGUUCCACAUCUGGUUCUAGAAGGUUGAACCAGAUACAGGAGGCUGUGUUCUAG